AUGUCCAGCAAGAAUUACAGAAUCGCCUGCAUACCAGCCGACGGCAUUGGCCCCGAAGUCAUCGACGCAGGAGUAAAAGUGCUCGAGGCUCUCAGUGCGGCGAGCAAAUCGUUUACUCUAGCCUUUGAACACUACGAUUGGAGUUCGGAAACGUACAAGAAGACUGGCAAAUACAUUCCCGACAAUGGAUUGGAAGAUUUGAAGAAGCAUGAUGCGAUUUUGUUUGGUGCUGUGGGUGCUCCAGGUAAGCUUUUGACACAAACAUUUACAUUGGGAAUGCAUGAUAUCGAUGCAAGAACACAGNAUGUCCCUGAUCACAUCUCACUCUGGAGUUUGCGAUUAGCAAUCUGUCAAGGCUUUCAACAAUACGCCAAUGUGCGUCCGACCAAGAUUCUUCGCGGCACCGAGUCGCCUCUCCGCAAAGCAACCACUGGAGACCUGGACUGGGUCAUCAUCCGCGAAAACAGCGAAGGCGAAUACGCAGGCCAAGGAGGUCGCAGCCACAAGGGUCAGCCCUGGGAGACCGCAACCGAAGUUAGCAUUUUCACCCGCCAUGCUGUGACUAGACUGCUCAAAUUUGCGUUCGAGGUCGCGCAGAAGAGAGACAAGAAACACAUCACUGUGGUCACAAAGAGCAAUGCGCAGAGAAAUGGUAUGGUCAUGUGGGACGAGAUCGCUGCGGAGGUUGCAAAGGACUUCCCGGAUGUCAAGGUGGAUAAGAUGUUGGUGGACGCAAUGACUUGUCGUAUGGUGCUGCAACCGCAAUCGCUGGAUACGAUUGUCGCCACGAACCUUCACGCAGACAUCCUCUCCGAUCUGGCCGCAGCCCUCGCCGGCUCCAUCGGCAUAGCACCAACCUCCAACCUCGACCCCACACGCCAGAACCCCAGCAUGUUUGAACCCAUCCAUGGCUCCGCAUUCGACAUAACAGGANAGGGCAUCGCCAACCCAGUAGGCACAUUCUGGACUGCAGCAGAAAUGCUACGGUGGUUGGGUGAAGAAGCCGCUGCAGACAGGUUGCUCGAUUGCGUCGAGAACGUAUGCGGGAACGGCAUUUUGACGCGUGAUCUUGGUGGCAAGGCGACUACAAAGGAAGUCACUGAUGCAGUGUGUGAGGAGAUUAAGAGAAGUUAUGCGUAG